UGGAAACAUAAUUUAGCUUAAAUCCCAUGAUAAUGAUAGCCAUUUUGUGUUGGGGCCUGCGGGGGAGAUCCCUUUUGUUCUCUCCUUGCGUGAGUGCGUGAGCUUUCACCAGAACCAGAGCAUCCAUUUCUAACUUCUCUCACUUUCCACUCAUCUUCUUCCUCAAAACCCGCAAUGAUUCUGAACCUUCUCUGACUUUCAAUGUGAAUCCCCAUCUCUGUAACUCCAAACCCAUUUUGAAGAAAAUGGGUUGUUGUGUCAGUUCUUCUAGGUCUUCUAAUUCAUCCUCUCCGCCGCACCAUUCUGGAUCUGGCUCUUCCUAUCCCAAACCCACCGCCAUUGGAAACAGAGCUCCUCCGCCGCUGGAAGAAGAGUCUGUCAAGGAAGUUCUCUCCGAAACCCCCAAACCCAAAUCGUCUUUUGGGGAGAGGAAAACUGGGGAAUCCUUCUCUGGGAGGAUCAAUGGCGGAAUACCCAUUCACCCGACUGAAGAAAUUUCUGAGGUUUCUGACGUUUGCAGCUUUAGCGAAACGCUGUCUACUACGACUGUAACAGAGAAGGUGGAUGAUUACGAAGAGAUUCGUCAGAGGAUUUCCAGAUCUCCGGCGAAAUUGCCCAAAAGCCGGCCUAACUCCGAUGAUUGGGUUCUUGGAAGGGAUAGACAAGUGGGGAAAUCGCCAACGAGAAAAUCCAAUCAGUCGCCAGGCCGGAUUAACGGCGGAACUGUGAAGUUGGUGCAGAGCAGAGACAUGGCGCAAGGACUUUCCCGGCGGAGUUUAAGGCCGGAGCCACGCCUGCAUAACAGUACUGAGAAUUCAUAUCGGCGGUCGAGAUCCCCUGCCACCACCCGGAUCGACAGCGUAGCCUCGAGAACAGCGGCAGGACGGAGCCCUUCUGUCCGAAGAUCCGGAAUGUCGCCCGGACGGGAAGCAACCGGCGGAAGAGAUUAUUCCCGGAAAGAAACAGGGCAGGCUCAGCCUGCACAAAACGAAACGAUUGAGGGAAAAUGGCCAACAACAAACGAAUCCCUCGAUAACCCACUUGUUUCAUUGGAAUGCUUCAUCUUCCUCUGAUAGAACACGACGGCGUAGUUCACCGGACCGUCGAGCAGUGCCAUUCAAUUUCCUGUACUCUGUUUUUGUGAGUUCUUCAACGGUGGGGUUCCUAUUUUUGGUCUGGAAAUUGUAGUAAGCUGUAAAUAAUGAAUGUCUGAAUGGUCAAUUAAGGAAACAGGCCGUAUUGGUUAGGUGAGUCUCUGUUUUCUCUUAAAGUGAAUCUCUAGCAAUUAUGCUACAAAUUUGCACCUUUUUUCUUGCUC